AUGCAACAUCCUCACAAUAAACCGGUCGAGCGUGAUAUCCCGAAAACAGGUCCCUUGAAUCGACUGAAAAAUGCCGCAAAAGAUCAAAUUCCUAUCAGCAAAGCGCCACGUCGUCAGAAAUCAUCCCGUUUUUACGUCACCGAAAAGGUUCAGAUGGAAAAGACACCCGGCUUUCAUGAGGUACCUCCUCAUCUGCGACAAGAUCUAUUCAUACAAAAGAUACGUCAGUGCACUGUCGUAUUUGAUUUUAGUGAUGCUUCAGCAGAACUUCGUGAAAAGGAGAUCAAGCGUCACACACUUCAAGAAAUUCUUCAGUACGUCAACAUGAAUCGUGGUGUACUGACAGAAGCAGUUUAUCCGGAAAUUGUGAACAUGUUUGUCAUUAAUCUUUUCCGCCCCAUCCCUCCUCAAGUCAAUCCCGUAGGAGACGCUUUUGAUCCCGAAGAAGAUGAACCGGUUCUCGAGCUUGCUUGGCCGCAUUUGCAAAUCGUGUACGAAUUCUUUUUGCGAUUUCUCGAAUCUCCAGAAUUCAAUAUCAGUCAUGCCAAAAAGCACAUUGAUCACAAAUUCAUUCAUCAGCUAUUGGAAUUGUUUGACAGUGAAGAUCCAAGAGAACGCGACUUUUUGAAAACGACGCUUCAUCGUAUCUACGGCAAAUUCUUAAACUUGCGUGCAUUUAUUCGUCGAUCCAUCAACAACAUCUUUUUCCAGUUCAUUUACGAAACCGAACGUCAUAAUGGUAUUGCUGAAUUGCUCGAGAUUCUGGGCUCCAUCAUCAACGGUUUUGCCUUGCCACUCAAGGAGGAGCACAAGACCUUCUUGAUGCGAGUUCUUAUCCCUCUCCAUAAAGUCAAGUCCCUUGUUCUGUACCACCCGCAACUGGCAUACUGCGUUGUUCAGUUCUUGGAAAAGGAUCAGUCAUUAACUCAAGAGGUGAUGAACGGUUUGUUGCGCUAUUGGCCCAAAGUGAAUAGUCCGAAAGAAGUGAUGUUUCUGAAUGAAAUUGAGGAAAUUCUCGACGUGAUCGACGCCUACGAAUUCCAGCGCAUCAUGGUCCCGCUUUACACCAAACUUGGUGAAUGUAUAUCGAGCUCUCAUUUCCAGGUAGCGGAACGAGCGCUCUACUAUUGGAAUAACGAUUACGUCGUGAGCCUGAUGGCCGAAAACAUGUCGGUUAUCAUGCCCAUCGUUUUCCCUGCUCUUUUCCGAACAUCCAAAACGCAUUGGAACAAGACCAUUCUUGGAUUAGUAUAUACCGCGCUGAAACUGUGCAUGGAUAUCAACCCUAUAUUGGUCGAUGAAUGUGUCAAUCAGUACAAGUUGCAACGACAAGCGUAA